AUGUUGAACGUCUACAGUAACGUUGUUCAAGUUCAAACUGAUCAGUUAGAUCAACCAGCAGUCCUCUCCAAGAAAAAAAUGAUGAGGCCUUCAUGUCUUCCCCCCAGGCCAAACGCUUGCCAAAUUAAUCCGGCCAGCAGUGCACAACAUUCACCAGCUGCUGCUCCCAUCCCUCUGCACCACUCACAGUGCACCAUGCCGAGAAGAACAAACGCGUCAGCUCCAUCGACGUCAACAUCAUCUGCACUCAGCUCUCUCAAGAGACCACUUUCAGCUUUUGUACGUUGCGAAGCAGGUUCGAAGAAUUCAAACGAGCCAAUCAAAAGACUUAGUUUUACGCCUCGUGAUAUUUCUAAACCGCUAUUGGUCAGCACAACGAAUGUUCACCUUGAAAAUUUGAAGAAUAUUAAUAGUGACUGCAUUUUAGAGAACGACGAUGACGAUGACGACCAGAAAGGUGAUUGUAAAGGUGCUUGCUUAGUGGGUGGAGCCAAAAAUGAUAAUGUCGCUCACUUUUAUAAUCAACUUCAACCAGAUCUUUGCGUUAACAACUCUUGUUCGGAUUGUCAAAAGUUGGCAUUCCUGCAACAUCAACAUGCAACAUCACAUCAACAUGCAACAUCUCAUCAACAUGCAGCAUCACAUCAACAUUUCAAACAUAACCUCGCUUCUAACAAUCAUUCCAAUAGCAAUAACUUCAGCAACAGUAACCACCGCGUCAAUGCAUUAGCUCACAAUAGCAACAGCGGCAAGGAUGUUGCUAUUAGCAACGUUGAUUACAAUGCUGGUGACGAUGAUCUGUGUUCACACAAACAACAUGAAUAUCUCAUGCCAAUCGGAAAUUUGGGUCAGGUCGACCUAACUCAACCAGCAACAUCAGCAGUAGCAAUAAGCACUCCAGAAGUCUUAUACAAAAAUAACACCAUCGUUGACAGACUGGCUAGCACCAAGAAGCCAGAUGUCUAUUUCUUGAAAAAGUUUAAUUUCAGUUCUGAUUUCUUAAAAAACAAACAUGGAAAUGAUAACGAUCAUCAAAAUAUUUCUGAAAAUAACAAUAAAAAUGAGGAUCACCGCUUCAACAGUGGUACUAAUGGGAACAGCAACAACAACAACAAAAGUGUUGGCUUGUUGAGAGGAGUCUUCAGGUCGUCCAGUGUUGCCAACAACAAAAAAAUUGUUGCCGGUGAAGAUGUUGUUGUCAGACCACCAUCAACAGCAUCCAGUUCGUUGAAUAGCACGACAGAACAACACCAAGCAACAAAAGCUGCCUUCAAAAAUAGGAGGCUGCAACAAAUACAACAACAUUAUCCAUCCAUUUGUUCAACAACUACCAUUGACAGUAACAACAACAGUAGCAAUAACUAUGAUAAUAAUGUGCUGGAAGAUAUUUAUGAAGAAAUUGACGUCACUAAAAUGACUCAAAUAUUAUCGGCGAAACCUCAAAUGUCGGCAGCGACACAGGCCACAGUUGAAAUGUUGCAUCAGUCUCAACAGGCAGGGCAAAUAUCAGAAGAUAGCUCCCGAAAAAAUUCUAAUCACUGUAUUCAACAUGAUUUGGUUAGCUUGCCCGAGAAAAAGCAGCAGCUACAACAAGCAACUACGUCAUCAUUGUCUAUAAGAGAACAAUUUCUGCAACUCCAGCAACAGAAGCAACUACAUCAGCAUCCCGCUACAACAACACUCUCCACAACGGUUGAAACUAAAUUCACGAACGUGGCUGCUCCUUCCAAAAAGAAAUCGUUACCAUUAGCGACAUUAAAUGCAAAAGUUGACUCAGAACAGACGACGUCCCUUACAACUCACGCAACAAAUCCUGUAAUUCCUGUCGUCGUGUCGCGUGCAGCUGCUGCUGUUCCGACAACCACACAAGCCACAACAUCAGCAGCAAUUACAAAAACAACUUUAUUUCAAACUGGUUCAGUUUGUUCCAAGGCCCAACCAUCUGCGAAACAUCCUUUGUCAAUUCUGAAAUCAACAUCAACUGUCAGGUCAGCCUUUUCUGCUGCAAACACUGCUACUCAUAAUGUUUCUAUUGCUGGCACCACUACUUCUUUUUCUACUACAAGGACUACUGCCGCUGCUGCUACUGUAGCUGCUUCAAUUUUGAAAGGAGCAGUUGCUAGACCCGGUACAGCUGUCAAGACAGCAGCAGUUACAACUCAGCCAAAAUUCACAACAACAACUUCUUACAGACCGAUGAUUACAUCAAAACCAUCGAUAACAUCGAUGACAACAACAACAACAACGUCAUCAACAUCGACGACCGUAUCAUUAAAAACAAACAACAUUCAAUCAUCAAGAAGCAUCGUCGCUUCUAAAACAGCCGCAAACACUGGCAACACAACUACCAUCAUCUCCACAAACAACAAUUAUGCCAAGAACAACUUCAACAGCAGCAACAACAGCAGGAACAUUCCACGCGGGUCUGCGUCUAGUAGUAACAGUAGUGGUUCCAGCAGCGGUGUAGGACUUUCAUCAUUGUCACCGUCAUCAUCAUCGUCAUCACCGAACGCUUAUCCAUCGUCAUUUUCGUCGUCAUCAUCUUUUUCAUCGGCCACCGCAAACAGAUUCUCCACCCAUAUUAAAUCAGUCCCUGAAAAUCAGGCACUACCAAGAUCAAGUGUGCCACCGAAGCUGCCUGGUACCUCCCCCUCAAGCAAAUCAACCAAUCGUAGAUCGACAUUGAAUCCUAAAUGCCAAACUGAAUGCUGA